CCUUCUGGCCCGUGAAUGAAGCGCCGGUGGGCGCAGUGUGUGCCGCCAGCAGCCAGGCCCCGACUGGCCCAUGAAGAAAGGGGGCCACGGGCUUCUGCUGGAACCCCACCCAGGGCUUGGAAUCAGGAAACUUGGAAACGACCUGAGAUGAACGGCGUCCCCCAGCGCAGGCCAAGGGCCACAGGCCAGAGGCAGGCCGCCCGACUCCAAAAUGGCGCCCGCGGCGGCUGCCAGCUGCCAAGAUGGCGGCGCGGGGCCGCGCGCGCGCUCUCGGGCUCUCCUCCCCUACCCUUCCUCCGGCUGGAAGCGCCACUCGCGUCGCGGUGCGCCCGUUGCCCUUCGGCCUGGGUAGUGGUCCCGGCCGCCGCGGCCCGCACCAUGCGGCUCCUCGGCUGGUGGCAGGUACUGCUGUGGGUGCUGGGGCCUCCCGCCCGCAGCCUGGAGGUUGCAGAGGAAAGUGGUCACUUAUGGUCAGAGGAGCAGCCUGCUCGCCCUCUCCAGGUGGGGGCUGUGUACACAAGUGAGGAGGAGCCUUCACGUGGCCCGACGGGCCAGGACGUGUCAGCUGAAGAGGCUGAUGCAGUGCUGGGGCUGGACACCAAUGGCGACCACAUGGCGAUGUUGUCUCUAAUUCCCGGGGAGGCUGAGGACAAACUGAGCUCAGAGCCUGGUGGCGGAACCUGCAGGGCUGGAGGGGAGGAGGACGCGCGGUGCAAUCUCGGAGAGAGCCUCUUCUCGCUGGACAGCGCUGGAGCAAGCUUCCCUGAUAGAGAAGAGGAGUAUUACACAGAGCCGGAGGUGGCGGAAUCCGACCCAGCCCCGACAGAGGACUCCAAUAACACUGAAAGUCUGAAGUCCCCAAAGGUGAACUGUGAGGAGAGAAAUGUGACGGGAUUAGAAAAUUUCACUCUGAAAAUUUUAAAUAUGUCACAGGACCUCAUGGAUUUUCUAAACCCAAAUGGUAGUGACUGCACGCUGGUCCUCUUUUACACCCCUUGGUGCCGGUUUUCUGCCAGUUUGGCCCCUCAUUUUAAUUCUCUGCCCCGGGCAUUUCCAGCUCUUCAUUUUUUGGCCCUGGAUGCGUCCCAGCACAGCAGCCUUUCUACCAGGUUUGGCACCGUAGCUGUUCCUAACAUCUUGUUAUUUCAAGGAGCUAAACCAAUGGCUAGAUUUAAUCACACAGACCGAACACUGGAAACGCUGAAAAUCUUCAUUUUCAACCAGACAGGUAUAGAAGCCAAGAAAAAUGUGGUAGUAACUCAAGCUGACCAAAUAGGCCCUCUCCCCAGCACUCUCAUAAAAAGUGUGGACUGGUUGCUUGUAUUUUCCUUAUUCUUUUUAAUUAGUUUUAUUAUGUAUGCUACCAUUCGAACUGAGAGUAUUCGGUGGCUGAUUCCAGGACAAGAACAGGAACAUGCAGAGUAGUGAUGGACUGAAAGGAGAAGUCAGAAAGAGGAAUUCCAAUCCUUCAUUUCAGAAAUUAAUGCUGCAGUUUCAUACAUUUUCUCCAGUGAAGUGUUGACUUACAACUUGUCAGAUUAAAAGAAUCAUGCGUUUGAACUGUUGAAUGUGUAAAAACAUUAUAAACUGGUGUUUUAACUAGUAUUGCAAUAAGCAAAUGCAAAAAUAUUCAAUACAACUUACCAUUCUUGUUUUUACUACUGGAACAUAAUCCAGUAUUUUAAGGGAGUAAUCCAGUUUGCAAUGUGAUGUAUUCUGGUGGAAUAGUGAGUAGAAUGGCAAUAUGCUGACUUUAUAGAAGGCAGAAAUAGGAUUUUCAGAUUCUAGCUUUAGAAAAUUCUUGAUUCCUUAUAUAUGUCUAAGAAGGUUGGUUUUCUGUACAUUUGCAGUUUCUCUCUCUCAGUCUAUAAGCAGGAAAGUGUUCUGUUAUGGGAAAAAUAACUAGAAUUGAUAAGUGUGACCUUACAAGUAGCAACUAAUGGGAAAAUAAAAGAGUCAAAUACU